GCUUUGCCCCUUGUAAUCCGCCAUAUUGGAGUCUAUCUCGACUCCGCGGUGGUCGGUUAUUCGGUGACUCCGCCGCCUCAGCUACAUUCAUAAAUAAUAUACGUGCGUGGCGGCGUGUAGUUUCCAUAGCUGUAACGACGCUUCUUACUGCGCUCACUUCCCAGACGGUUUUCCUACCCGGUAUCUCGGUUUCGGCAGGUGUUGGUUGCCCGGAGAUGAGCCCGGCCGACGCCAAGAGAGGAGCGAAGCGGAGGAAGAACAAACGAGGAGGGGGCAGUAGCAGCACGAGCGGCUCAGGAGAUGCUAAGGCCGCAGCACUGCGGGGACAGCACACAGCAGCGGGCGGAGGAGUAGGCGGAGGCCUUAUUCCUAUCUCGGUCAGCAAUGGGACGUCCAACCCGACUGGGACUGAGAUCGCUUUAAACGGUACCCCAUUCACAGAUGGACCAAUUGCAUCGGAGUUUAGCAGCGUUCCACAGGUUCCAUUCACUUUUGGUCUGGGUCAGCGGGCUCCAUACACAACUGGAGAGCAUUGCCUUCUUUGUAGAAGCGAACGCAAGGACAUUACACUCUCUGAGUGUGGCACAAAAAACUCAAACAAAAUAGCACUUUCAACAUCUCCAAAAUCCAACUCCAAAUUGCACCUUCCCCUCUGGGUUUGCUCAGACUGCCGACGGACAGUUGAAAAUGAGGAAAUACACACCACACAAGACCAGUCGUUAGCAUUUGUGGCACCAGAGCAGAGUACAACGCCAACAGAAGAUGGAAGGUUUCGGCAAAAAUCCAGUACAUGCUGGCAAGCACAUAGACGGGUUAAUGACUGGGUUGGUGCAGGAGACAAGAACCAAGAUUUCCUUUUACAUAUGCCUCCUGGAAACAGCGGUUCAAAGCAAGAGUCUGUGGCUGGAGGACGAAUGCUUGUUGGAUCACAGUCUGUCCCAUCUACUGUUGCUCUCAAUUCCACGGCUCCUGAAGUAGCAUGUAGUUGUGACGCCUGUAAUGAGCGCCGAGAAAUUUCAGCAGAGACUGAACGUGAAUCUCAGCAGCUCCAAAAUUACUGGUCAGAUGUACGGUACAUGAUUCGCUGCAUAUACCGUCAAGCUGGGACACCUCUCGCAGAUGACCAGGACCAAACUCUAGUACCAGAUAAGGAUGGAAUGAAAGAUCUUGUAGAUAGGUUGUGUGAAAGAGACCCUUAUCAGUUAUACCAGCGCCUGGAGCAACAAGCACGAGAGUAUGUCCUGGAAAUGAAGGUCCGUCUACUCAAGCAUUUAUCUUUAGGGUUUAAAGUUACCUCCACCAUACAGGGGCCCCCACAGGCGCAUCAGUUCAUCUCCUUGCUUCUUGAAGAAUACAGUGCUCUCUGUCAAGCGGCAUGCACAAUCGGCACCUUUCUUGUCACUUUGGAAAAUGAUCAUUUAAAGAAAUUCCAGGUGACGUGGGAACUGCACAAUAAGCACCUUUUUGAAAAUCUGGUAUUUUCUGAACCGCUGCUACUGAAUAGCUUACCAGCACUGGUUUCACAGUUAAGGCUUGGCACAGCGUCCCAUGACUCUUACAGCGAAGAUAUGUACAGUACCUUGUUACAAAGGUAUCAUCAGUUAGAACAGGAAAUGAGUCAAAUCUCUGAAGAAUGGCUGGAGUGUCAGAAAAGAAUUGAUAACUAUGUAGAUGAGCAGAUGGCUCUGAAAACAAAGCAACGAAUGCUAAAAGAAGACUGGGAAUUCUUUAAACAGAGGCGGUUUAUUGAGGAACAGGUGUACUUGUGAUGAUUGCAGUCUCUCUCACAUCCUUACCUGUGGUAUCAUGGACACCCCUAUUACAGAUGAUAUCCGCUUAAACCAGUUACCACUACAAGUUGAAUCCACUCCAGACUAUCUAUCUGAGAUCCAUCCUCCCAGUAUGUCUUCAGCCAGUUCAGGGUCUGGUUCCAGUUCCCCCAUUACUAUCCAGCAGCAUCCCAGACUAAUCCUUGCAGACAACGGCUCUGCACCCACAUUUUGUAGUGAUGAUGAAGAUGGUGCUCCGUUAUCAGCAAAAUUUGCUGAUAUUUACCCAUUAAAUAAUUAUGAUGAUGCAGAAGUUGUAUCCAACAUGAAUGGAAUUCACAACGAACUAAAUGGUGGUGGGGAAAAUAUGGCGCUGAAAGACGAGUCUCCCCCUGUGAGUAGCACAAGCAGCUCCUCCUCAGAAGCAGAUGAUGAAGAAGCAGAUGGAGAAAGUUGUGGUGAGCAACCAGAAAUUCCAAGAGAGGAUACUCACAUAGGGAAAAGGUCGCCAAGAAAAGAAGAUUCAAAGAUGGACAGCCCUCCCCCGUCAUAUCUGAGUCCACAGGUGGACCCAGUACCUAAUUCCUGUGAGUGUCAUGUAUGUAAGCAAGAAGCUUCAGGCCUUCCUCCAUCAGCACUUGUAGCAGGACGUCUCCCAGCUGGCCACCAAUUUAUCAACCCAGAGAAACCAGCACACCCAGCACUUCACCUAUACCCUCAUAUUCAUGGGCAUUUACCUUUGCACACAAUUUCUCACCUUCCUCGCCCUCUUAUCCACCCCACAUUGUAUGCAGCAUCUCCGUUCGCUCACAAUAAGGCUUUGCCUCCAACCACUGUACAAAAUCAUACAAAUAAGCAUCAGGUAUUUAAUCCGUCACUCCAAGACCACAUUUAUCCAAGUUGUUUUGGAAAUUCUCCUGAGUGGAAUAGAUCUAAAUUUAUAAGCUUGUGGGAGUCAGAAGUGAUGAACGAAAAAAACUGGAAUUCAGCUUCUUUUUUACCCGACUCUCUCUCUGGUGGUGAUAUAUUAGGGCCAGCUCUCCCAGAAAUCAGACCUGAAGCACUUCCCACUACGUCUAGUAAUGAUGUAACACCGGUACCAGAUGUUAAGGAGAAAAAAAACACUGCCAAGAAGAAAUGUCUUUACAAUUUCCAAGAUGCCUUUAUAGAAGCAAAUAAGGUUGUGAUGGCAACGUCGUCUGCAACUUCCUCAGUUUCUUGCACUGCAACCACCGUUCAGUCUAGCAGCAAUCAAUUUAAAGUGUCAUCGAAAAGGCCUUCCUCUAUAGGUGAAGUGUUUCAUAACAUUAAAGAAGAUCACCGACAUUCUUCUACACCGGUAGCACCAAGGAACAGUCCUACAAGUUUAGCUUCAGUUCCCUCCCACUCUCCUGGUACACACUCUUCAGCUUCCACACCUCACCUCCCAAAUCUUCCUGCACAAUCUUUCCCCAAAACAGCCUCAACUGCUCCAGGUUUUGUGGAUCCACAUUUAGGUUUUUGCCCAUCUACAGCUGCACCUCCCACAACUACUACAGACAUCUCGCUAAGUGCGCCUCCAAGCGUCUGUAGUGACCCUGACUGUGAGGGUCAUCGCUGUGAGAACAAUAACGUGUAUGACCAUCAGCAAUAUGAUGGGGAAGAGAGUCAGGAUGAGGACAGCUGUUCCGAACAUAGCUCUAGCACUUCUACAUCCACAAACCAGAAGGAAGGAAAAUACUGUGACUGCUGCUACUGCGAGUUCUUUGGGCAUGGCGGGCCUCCAUCAGCACCAACCAGUAGGAAUUACACAGAAAUGAGAGAAAAACUUCGAUUGAGGUUGACCAAGAGGAAAGAAGAGCAGCCAAAGAAACCUGAUCAGAUCUCAGAAAGAGAUACGGGUGUUGUCGAUCAUCGAAAAGUAGAAGACCUACUACAGUUCAUUAACAGCUCAGAGUCUAAACCAGUGAGCAGUACACGUGCCGCAAAGCGUGCAAGGCACAAACAGAGGAAGGAAUAUGGGGCGAGCCCAGCUAUCAAUGUAAUUAUUAGCCAUGUGCUCGGCUCAGAUGGGAGCAUGCAGGGAACCUGCACCAACAUGGCUGAGGAACGGACAGACAAAGCAGACGCUGAGCCGGACAGAGAACGACCGGAAAAGCAGCAGCUAGAAGAAAAGGCCCGUCAAGAAGCAGAAGCUAGAGAGAGGGAAGAAAUUCUAGAAGAACACAGACAGAGGGAAGAAGAGAGAUUAAAACAGGAAUUCCAGCGACAUCAAGAGUGUCAGGCACUAAAGAAAAAGAAAAAGGAUAGGGCAAAUAAAGACUCUCAGAAAAUAGACCGACUGACCCACAACCCUCAUUCUGAUAAGGAAUCUCUAUCUAUAAACUCUUCAGAAUUAAUCCCCAAUGGCACACUUGAAAAGUCAGAAAUUAAGGAAUCCUUAACACUGCAUGGGAGACCAUCUUUGAAAAUAGAGCAACCGCCACUGUUUGAAACUGUAAGUGAGCCACCAAAUCAUGCAAAUGUUAGAGACUUGAAACAGUGCUCCCAAAAAGAUGCCAAGGCCAAGCAGCAGGAGCAGCUUUCUCUGCUUCUUGACUUAGUGCAUCACAAGGAAAACAGUGUAAAACAAAAACUGCCUAAAAUACAAACUCCGAAACUCAGUCCAGAGCAGGUGAAAAAAUCAGAGUUGUCCAAAGUUGCUGAAGUUCAGCCGAGACUGAAAAACCACAAUGAUCCUAAAAUUAGAACUGUAGACAUUGCCCCUGUUGUGGAGCAUAAAAAGGAGGAGAAAAAGGCAAUUAAUAACAAGAAACAGCUGAAUCAUGUGAAGGAUGAGAGACCCUCUACGGCUAAUGACCACUCUUUGUUCACAGAGCAGCAGCAGAAUACUAAAUUGACCACUGCAGAAUCACCCCAACCAAAGGGUAAAAGUAAGAAGAAUAAGAAGAAAAAAGGGGAUAAAGUCAAUAACUCUAUUGAUGAUGUGUUUCUUCCUAAAGACAUUGAUCUUGACAGUGUGGAGAUGGAUGAAACUGAGAGAGAAGUGGAAUAUUUUAAAAGGUUCUGCUUAGAUUCUGCCCGGCAAACAAGACAGAGGCUUUCUAUCAACUGGUCAAAUUUUAGCCUGAAGAAGACAACUUAUGCUGCACACUGAGAUCAAAAGAAUUAGAUGGAGUUGCCCUGCAGGAACCAAUCCCACUGAAUUCAUGCCCUGCUGUCUCAAGUGCUUACCGGGCCUUGAGACGGUGCUGCCUUGCCUUCUCCCCAGUGCUACGUGGAUCUGCACUGAAACCCCUUGGCCUGAUAAUUCUUGCUGAUCUGAAAAGAAAUGCCACUUUCUACCUGAAUCUGUUAGCUUGUGUGCUUGUAGUCUGUGAGUGAGACUUUUUUUGGUUGUAGCAAUACGCUCUCUUAUUGCCUUGGCCUCGGACCUGAGACUGGUUCCUUGGGUUGGGUGGAGGCAAAAAAAAAACUAGCUGCAUCAUUAACAGUGAUUCCUGUCACUUCCACAAUACAAUGUUUUGUUACACUGACUACUGGCAAAAGAAUGGACCCCAUUGUACUCAUCUGCUACCGGUUUCUACAGACCCUUGGAAAAAAAACUCAUAUUGGACAAAAAUUUUGCAAAUAUUCACAAUUUACCGUUAAAAGAAGUGUACAAGUUACGCUAUUUGUGUUUUUUGAUUUUUUUUCCAGGCUUGUAGCCAGCUUGUGUAAGAAUACUUGCAGAAUGAGAAAAAAAGAAAAGGAAAAAAAAAUACUCACAAUAUCAAUCUGUUAUAGAGUGUAUAAUUGUAUUAACACUGAUGCCCAAGUGGCUACUUUUUAACAUAUUGUUAAGUAAUAUUAAAAUCAUGUCUUUCUUUUUGAAAGAUGGAAUACAUUAGUAUGGCAGAA